AGUCCCAAUUAUUUCCCUCCACACAUUUGACCGUUUGCCUUAUCUCCAACGAUCCCCUCCAAAACUCCAAACAAAUCUUUCUCUCUCUCUCUCCUCACAAUGCCCAGAAACUCUCCACUUCUCUUGCCACCUUUGAACACAAUGCUCUGUUUGGAUUGAAAAAAAUAUAUAAAAAGAGGGAGAAAACAAAAUAAUUAGCUUUCUUAAUUAAGCUUUAAAAAAAUUAAAUAUGGCUUCCAAACUAGGGGUUGCUGCUUUAACUUCACCAAGUGUUUUUACUGCUCCAAUUCGAAAACCCUUAGUUUCUGUCUCUUCAUCAUCAUCAUCAUCAUCAACAUCAUUCUCUUUGAAGGAUGUUUCUGCUAAGUUCAUGGGUGUUCGACGUCUCGCAAUUAGGCGCAAGCUCUUACUUCUUCCACCUAAAGCUGCUACUGAUAAGCAAGGUCAAGCUGGAGAUGAAGUGGUAGACAGUAAUAUGUUACAAUAUUGUAGUUUAGACAAGAAGAAGAAAUCACUUGGAGAGCUUGAACAGGAAUUCCUGCAAGCAUUACAGACAUUCUACUAUGAGGGAAAGGCUAUCAUGUCAAACGAGGAAUUCGACAACCUCAAAGAAGAAUUGAUGUGGGAAGGAAGCAGCAUAGUAAUGCUAAGUUCAGACGAGCAGAGGUUUUUAGAAGCUUCCAUGGCUUAUGUAGCUGGGAAUCCAAUCCUGUCCGAUGAAGAGUUUGAUGAACUAAGGCUGAAACUUAAGACAGAAGGUAGUAUGAUCGUUGUGGAGGGUCCUCGGUGCAGUCUUAGGAGUAGAAAGGUCUACAGUGACCUCACAGUUGACUACUUCAAAAUGUUCUUGUUGAAUGUUCCAGCUGCUGUCGUUGCCCUUGGACUGUUCUUUUUCCUGGAUGAUUUGACCGGAUUUGAGAUCACUUACUUGUUGGAGCUUCCAGAGCCUUUCAGUUUCAUUUUCGUAUGGUUUGCAGCAUUGCCAGCUAUACUGUGGAUAUCUCAGGCCAUCACAAAGCUUAUUGUCAAAGAUUUUCUUAUAUUGAAGGGCACUUGUCCCAACUGUGGUACAGAGAACCUCUCCUUCUUUGGGACUAUCCUUUCGGUUUCCAGUGGCGGCACCACGAACAAUUUGAAAUGCUCAAACUGUGGAACGGUAUUAGAAUAUGAUUCCAAAAAGCGUCUAAUGACAAUACCAGAAGGAAGCCAAGCUUAAAGGCAAGAAUAUUUUGCAAGAUAUUCAGCUGAUCAUGCAAAUGUGAGGAACUUAUGUUUUUGGCCACAGGGGCGGUAUAUUAGUUCCUUUGGAGAUUCAAAUGACUAAGAUCUAUAAAUUGUGGGAUGCAUGUGAAAAAAUCUGCCAGGUGUUACAGUACACAAAUAAAUUUACGUAAUCUAUGUAUAUUCUUGUAAACUUCCUGCAUACUAGAGACAGAUUGAUAUUGAAUUGAAUUCUGUAUGUAAUUCUUAUACAGGCUCUUGAAUCAUUUGAGUGAAACAAUCAACUAGAUCAUGAUUGUGUACAUUUUCA